UGAAUCAGGAUUUGAUACUCUGUCUGGAUAAACGAUAUGGCUGCCAACGUUACUACUACAGCUACUCUGUCUCUCUCCUUCGCUGCGACAACCUCUUCUUCUCUCCUUGCUAGUAGUAGUAAUAGUAAUAGCUCCUCAAAACGAUUAUUUUCAUUUUCUGCGCUUCCUUAUCCUUCUUUCUCGCUUCGCACCUCAAAUCCUAGGGCUGUUCUCAAUGGACAAACGCCAAACGGCGUCGUUUCUGACCCGGAACAACAACAACAACCACUCAAGCUGCGAAAUACAACCGAACUCUACGUCUGUAACCUUCCUAGAACCUAUGACACCCAACAGCUACUCGAUAUCUUUACUCCUCAUGGAACCGUUUUAUCUGCACAGGUUUGCCGGAAUGCCGAGACAGGUGAGAGUAAGGGGAGUGCUUAUGUCAAGAUGGGAUCUUAUAAUGCUGCUAAAAAUGCAGCUGCUAACUUGGAUGGAUUGGAUGUUGAAGGGCGCGAAAUGCGGGUUAAAUUUUCACUUCAGAUGAAUAUUAAGAAGAAUUUUGUAGAGACAUUGAACGCAACGCCUUUGAGAACUAUAUUUUAUGAAGGACCUCAUAAGGCGUAUGUUGGGAAUCUUGCUAAGUCUGCUACACCUGAAGACCUGAGAUAUCUCUUUGGUAAAUUUGGAAAUGUGGCUAGUGUGAGGGUGUUGCAAGAUAUGAAACAGGGGAAAAGUCGUACCUAUGCCUUUGUCUCUUAUCUUUCUCAGAGUGAACGUGACGCCGCUAUGUCUCUCAAUGGAACUGAAUUUUGUGGUCGAAUUCUAGUGGUUAGAGAGGGUGUGGAGCAGACCAGAACUUAAUUGGAGCUUUCAGAUUCUGCAUAGAGAAUAUUCCAAUUUUAGGUGUCUCCCAUUGAGGAAGCUCUCUGCUCUUGUAUGUACUUGUACAACUAUACAAGCAAUAUUGAUGUGAGAACCUUCAUAUACAGAAAAUAUCAGCUAGAAGUGGAGGUUGCCCAGUAUGACUGUUCCAUCAAAAUCUAGAUUUUCACUCUUAUAUCUUUGUUGUAUGUCAAAUUGCAAUCACCAGUGUGUGUAUGGAACAUGAUUUUCCUUGUGACAAAGUAUUGGUCAAGAACAAACAUUGUAAGAGCUGAUAGAGAAACUUUUCUUCCUUUACUUUUAUACAUACAUAUCUAUAGACAUUUAAUCUGUAA